AAACAUCUUCUAAAAUAUGACACUAAGGGGUUAAAUACAAAAUAAAAGGAUAUGGCAAGGUUUAAUGUUACUGCUACCAGCUGGUGAGCUGUCAUCGAUCCAAAAAGUUGUUGCUGUUUGUUUACCAAAGAUUUUUGCAUAUUCUCCGGUAUAUUUGUAUUCUAGUAUUAUAGUUUUUCUGUCAUAAAUUUGCAAAUGUUGUGAUCCCGGCUACCAAAAUAAUCGCACCACAUAAUCAAUACUAUUAUUAAAGUAUUUUUGGUUUAAAAAUGUCUAGUUGGAAUAAUAUAUGUCGUGUUUGUACAAGUCCUGCCGAAUAUGAAUUUUUCGGAAAAAUACCAGCAUACCUACAUGCCAGCUCAAAUGAUUUUUUGCAUUGGCAAAAACCAAUUAAUGUACUGCUUGAGGAAACAACGGGACUAAAGUGUGCCGAAAAUGAUGGUUUACCCAACAAGAUAUGUGCACUUUGCAUUUCAUACUUAAAACACGCAGUAUUUUUUCGUGAACAAUGUAUUAGCAAUAGUUUGAGCUUGAAAGCUAUAGAUUUAUUGCGCCAAAAACGGCAAAACAGCAAACAAAAUGUGGAUAAAGACAAUCUGCUGAUUACAGCACAAGAGCUGAAUUUUACAAAUGAGCGUCAAAUAGAUACAAAUCUGCUAAACAAUACCUGUUCACAAGAUCAAGACAAAGUGUUUAAGCAGUUGCUAAAUAAUACCGUACAAACGAAGGCGCCCAGUCCACAAAACGUAGAACAACAAUUGCGUUACUUAAAUUUACUAUUCAACAAGGACCCAAAUGCCGGUCUGCAAACGUAUAAACGCAAAAAUGACGGAAAUAAAUUUGUUUUAGAAAAUGCCGAGGGCGGCGGGGAUUAUCCAUUUGCUGAGGAAGAUUCCGAUACGGAAAUUUCAAGCGAUGAAAACGAAGCAGGCGCUAUGCAACAGAACAUAUUUUCAUACAGCGAAACAAAUUUCCAAGAGGACGAUAUUAUAAAUUUAGAUGAACUGGGCGAUGCUAUUACUAUCAAUAUACCAGAAAGCUGUAAGGAGCGCAAAUGUCGUGCAUGUUUCCGGCGAUUUAUGUUUGAAGAUUCACAUAAUGAACAUAUGAGUACAUGUAUUGAAUACAAAUUUCUGACAUAUAUCGAAGAAUUGAAUAAGCUACUGUACAUACGACGAAAUAAGGUAGUGUCGCCGCAUGAAUUCGUGCGUCGCAUGAUUUUCGCUUUACGCAAGAUAUGCGAAUGGUUAAAACUAGCUAACUGUGCCGACAUUUUAUUGCCAGACUUGGUGCAAAACGGGAAUGGUGCCGAGGAAAAGACUAAAAAGCCAUUGGAGAGAGAAUAUAAAAACUGUGCGGCUGCUGCAUGCGAACAAAAAAUUUCAAAUGUCAAACUUUCUGCCAAUGAACAAAUGCUUAAAUUCUAUGAAUUGCCAAAACAACAAGAAGAAAUAACGAUGACUGAUUUACCAAAUACAUCACUUUCGAACACAUUCGAAAAAACUGCUGAACUAACUGAAUCUGCUCACGAAAAUGGCGUAGGUAAUACUCAGAAGCCACUACUUAGUACAACUCCGACGCCUAUAACAAUAAGUAACAAUAUAUUGUACGAAAUCGAACGUUCUCAAAGCAGAGGAUCAAACAUAUUACCCAAUAUUGAUCUGGAAACGAAAUCUAUAAUUAAACCUAUCGCAGUUAUGAAUGCGGAGAAAAACAUAACAACGCCUACAACAGCUACAGAUAGUAGAACGUUGAACAGUAGUGCUAGCAAUGCUAGUGGCGGUGACAUACCAAGGGAUACCGCCGAAAGAUUAACAUUCCUGCAAAAGUUACGACGGGCAGCCAAUCAAACACCAACUUCUUCAAAUUCCAAACACACAACAGCUACACCAUUGAUUAGUGUGCGCAAAGAUUUGACAUCUUCGGCGUUAGGUACGAGCAACGAACAACAGACAGCUUCACCUGUUACAACUACCCCAAAAACCAUUCCUGUUACGGCAUUACAUCCGAAUCUCAGUUUCAGUGCUCGUUGCAAUCCAUGCAAUUUACUUUUUGAAACAUUAGCUGCACUUGAGGUACACAAUGCAAUGUAUCACAAUCAUAUGCCACUAAAGCUAACAAAAAGCACAACGAACACGCAACAGGACGACCCAGAAAGGGAUGCGGAACGUAGGCGUAUUAUCGCACUAUUCGAAGAUGAUGAUAGCGACGAAGAUUUGGAAACUGGCGCAGUCUAAUGUCAUACAACAUACAAUAUAUAUUUAUUUAUAUUUUUAAAAACUUGACAACUAGUUUUUAAGUCAUAAUUAUGGUAACAUGCUGUAUGUUCAGUUCACCAAAUUAUUGUUCAUUAACAUUAACAAAUAUCGAUUACGAUAUGCUUAAAUUUUAUGCGUAGCAUAUUUUUUUUUUUUUUUUUUUGACAUAUUUAUAAUAGUUUGAUAUAAACCACUAUUUUUUGUUCAUUUAUAAGUGUACAUCAACAGUGAAGGCAUCUUCAUUUGUGUAACUUUGUGAUUUAAAGUCUGAGGAAAUUUUUAUGCAAAAAUACUUUUUAUUAUGACAAACAAAGGAUUUUCCAAUUAUUUAUUUGUGAUUAUGUUGUAAAUUUUAUUUAAAAUGUUGUUACUUUAAAUAAAUAAAAUUAUUGUAAUAAAAAUGUAUUGUACCAUAAUAAUCGCCACAGCAUUUUUAAAAUAAAUUGACUUGAAUGUAUUGACGCUAUCUAAGGUGUGCAAAUGUA